ACGUCUUUAGGGUGCACUCCAGCAAACCAAAAGAAGUUCUCAAAUAUCAGCCUUUUCUCUUCUUCUCUCUUAACUUAGAAAAAGAAAAUUUUGAGUUCUCACCAAAAUACAAAUAUAUAUUUAAUCAUGACUUGCAAUGUUCAGAACUAUGUUUUGCUCACGAAUAAAAUAUAUACUAAAAGAACACAGGCUUCCAAUCCCGAGAGAUCAAGAUCAUUACCAUCAGCUAGUAGUUUUCGGGUCGUCUGUGCUGUGGAAGAGCAAACGUCAACGUCGACGAGUAUCGCUCUGAACAGGAUCAGUAUGCCUUUGGACAUGGAAAUUAGUGAGGAGAAGAAGAAGAAGAAGAGUUUGGGAGAAGUGGGAGGAGGUAAGUUUGGGAGGUACGGGGGGAAGUAUGUGCCCGAAACUCUCAUCACUUGCCUCGCCAAGCUUGAAGCUGAGUUCAAUUUGGUUCUUCAUGAUCCCGACUUUCAGGCUGAGCUCACGAUGGCAUUGAGAGACUACGUGGGGCGGGAGACGCCCUUAUACUUCGCUAAGCGGCUCACCAAUCACUACAAGGACGAGUAUGGGGAAGGGCCCGAGAUAUAUAUUAAGAGAGAGGAUCUAAACCACGGUGGGUCCCACAAGAUGAAUAACGCCAUCGCACAGGCGAUGAUAGCAAAGCGGAUGGGGCGGACGAGCGUGAUGGCAUCCACUGGGGCCGGCCAGCAUGGUGUGGCCACCGCUGCCGCUUGCGCAAAGCUUUCUCUGAAGUGUACGGUCUUCAUGGGAACCACUGAUAUGGAGAAACAAUCUUCUAAUGUGCUCUUAAUGAAUCUUCUAGGAGCUGAGGUAAAACCCGUCAAAGGAAACUUCAAGGAUGCAAGUUCACAGGCCAUAAGGGAAUGGGUUGGGAGCUUGGAGACAAGCUACUACCUAACCGGAACGGUGGUGGGCCCUCAUCCAUGCCCUAGCAUGGUCAGGGAGUUCCAGUCAGUGAUAGGAAAGGAGACGAGAACGCAGGCGAUGGAGAAGUGGGGAGGGAAGCCCGAUGUGCUUGUGGCCUGUGUGGGGAGCGGCUCAAACGCCCUAGGGUUCUUCCACGAGUUCGUCGAGGACCAAGAUGUUAGGCUGAUUGGGGUGGAAGCAGCCGGGUUUGGGCUCGACAGCGGAAAGCAUGCCGCAACCCUAGCAAGAGGAGAGGUGGGCGUGUACCAUGGAGCCAUGAGCUACUUGUUGCAAGACAGCGAGGGCCAAAUACAACGGCCUCACUCCGUCGGAGUAGGGCUAGAGUAUCCAGGGGUUAGCCCAGAGCUUAGCUUUCUCAAGGACAAUGGACGAGCCGAAUUUUACACUGCCACUGAUAAGGAAGCCAUAGAGGCAUACGAACGGUUGUGCAGGCUAGAAGGGAUAUUCCCGGCUCUAGAGGCAGCCCAUGCAUUUGCGUAUCUGGAGAAACUUUGUCCAACACUUCCCAAUGGCACCAGGGUAGUUGUGAAUUGCAGCGGUCGCGGAUAUAAGGAUGCUGCCAGAGUCUUCGACAUCCUAGGCCACCCUAGCUAAAUCACGAAUCUUAAUCCCUGAUCUAAGCUUCCAAACCGAAAAUAUGCUAACUGAUGCGAUCAGUUGAAGUUCCAGAAGAUGAUCUAACUAGACAAAGGGAGGCCACUUCUAAAGUAGAUAAAUUUCGAUCGUUUAAUAAGCACUCAAUUGUCGAUGGGACUUAACGUAUGAUUAAUAGUGAACGCUAGUAGGCCCCGUAUAAGAAAAGGUGAAGACUAGUUUGUACACAUAGACAGAUAUGUCGGUAUUCAUGUGUGUAUUGCAAAAAUAUUUAGAAAAAAAAAAUGAAAGAUUGGAUUCUAUUCUCA